CCGGCAACCAGGGACGCGCUGAGGGUUCAGGGCCCGGCAUGGCGGGGCAGCCGCGCUGCGAACUGUGCGGGGCCCGAGCGGCGCCGCUGCGCUGCCCCGGCUGCCGCCUCACCUACUACUGCGAUGUCUCCCACCAGAAAACCGACUGGGUCAGCAUCCACAGCCAAAUCUGCCACCUGCUCAGCCCAGUCCUCAGGCCCCAGCGCUGUUUCCAUUCUGAAAAGGACAGAAAAGAUGGCAAAGAGCAGCUGCUGAGGAAGCAGGAGUCCCUGAUUGCGGUGGCGCUGUGCAGGGCGCAGGGGUUUCUGUGGGCAGGGCAGCCCCUGGAAGCCAUUCCUGCGGCCCUGCAGGCCCUGCGCUCCAGCUCCCGCCUGCUGGGCCCGGCCUCCCUGCGGCUCCUGCCCAUCUAUCUGCUCCUGGCCGAGGCCUCCACGGGUGCUGGCCGUCCCCGACAGGCAGCCAAAUACCUCUCCCAAGCCCAGUGGAUCGUCCUCCAAAGCCCCGACUGCAGUGCUGCUCUCCAGUCUAAGUUACACCGUGGGCUGGGGCUUUUCUCCAUCGCUGAAGGAAACCUGGAGCAGGCUUUGUAUCACCUGGCCAAUGAUGUUUACCUGGCAACUGCUGAGUUUGGACUAAAUUCUGUUGAGGUCUCUGGAGGGUAUUUCCACAUGGCCAAUAUUUUCUUCCACCAGAAUAAAAUGGAUGCAGCAAACUCACUCUACACUGAGGUGAGCAGCCUGUGGCACGCCUGGCUGCUGAGCUCCCUGCACGGGCACCAGCGAGCGCUCCAGGCGCGGGCAGAGGCGUCGCCGUUCUCCGAGGAGGAGGAAGGCAGCGAGGAUGGCACGAGCCCAUCUCUGUCUCCUGCAGCCGAGGCGCAGCGCGAGAGGGGAGCGCGGAUGCUGGGCGCCGUGCUGGAGCUGCGGGAGCAGGGACCCCUGCAGCACCCAGGGGAAACAGCCCAAAUCCUGCACUCCCUGGCCAUCAUCCACUACCUGGGCCAGGAUUUAGCCAAGGCCCAGGAGCUGGGGAUGAAAGCCUUCGACCUGGCCAAGCAGCUGCCCCAGCAAGACUCUCUGGAAACCAUUGGUCACCUGCUGGAGCUGAUUAAUGCCCAGUUUUCCCACACCACAUGAAAACUGGCUCUGCCAGACCCAGUUUGUUUGGCCAGGUUCUCUCUUAUCCCGGUUCCUGGACACCACCAGCGUCACAAGCUGUUGGUCCUUCCUGUUGCUGCCUCUUUCCAGCUGCAUC